AUGACCCGUGGCCCCGCCUCCUCUGGCAUGACUCCUCCCCCUGUCCACGUGGCCACGCUCCCUCUUGAGUUGUCCGUCAGUGGCGCUCGGAUCGGGAUGAGCAGACGUCCGACAAGUUCGCCAGGGAAGGGUUUCGGCCGGUCUGUGUCUGUGAUCGGGGAACGCAACAGUUUGGGCGACGCUCUGGGACCUCGCUCUGUCAAAAACCUGCGACGAUCCAACAGCACCACCCAGGUCAACCACAUGAGGGCAGCAUUCAGCCCUGAGCUCGCAGAGGUGCUCCCACACAAUGAGAGAGGCCUCAAUGCGAGCAGUGACUCCCCCACCUGGAACAUACUGGACUCUCAGGUCCAGCUCAGUCCAGGCCCCUGCAGCAGUGUGGAGAACAAGAGGAGAGACAGAGUUAGCCUGGCUGCUAGCUUCACCGCUAACAACAGGAGCAUCAAAGGAACCGUCGGGAACUCUGUGAAUUCAAUCCUGAACAACAACCACAGCUGUGACACACCACGCACUCCAAAGAGCUUCAACCAGCGGCCGGCUUUCAAUAACCUCCUGAAGGCCUCUGAGGUGUCCCAGAAGAACCUCAGUGUUGCUCCCUCUAGGAGACAGCAGGUCACUGAAGAGGAGGCAGAGAGGUUCAUCAAGCAGGUCCAUCACGCCGCCAUCACCAUCCAGCGCUGGUUCAGACGCCAGCGGAGGAGACGCUCUCACCCGCAGACCCCAGAGAACCAGGAUCAGUCUGACCAAAACCAGACUCAAAACCAGACUGACCAGCUCCAGUAUCAGCCCCAGAACCAGGACCACAACGAGGCCCAGGGCGAGCUGCAGCGGUUGCUCAGCACCAAAAGAAAGGAACUGGAGCUUCGUUGGACAGAACACAAAGAUGAAGAUCGACAAAAAAUUAGGGAAGAGAAGGCUCGACUUGCCCGUGUUCAGGCCAUUCAGGAGCUGCAGCAGAAGAGAGUCCAGCGAUCCUUAGAGCCACAGUUCACCUUCGUAGACCAGCAACCGUCAGUGAGGAGCAGGACUGGACCUAAGGCCAGCCCUGGAGUUGCCCGGACUGGGUCCAGGCUUGGGUCCAUGUCUGAGUCCAGGCCGCUACCAGAGACCAGGCCACAGACAAUACCUCAACCUGAGUGUCCUAGAGAAUGGAGAAACAUGCACAAUGACGCCCAUCUGAAUGUGGACCUAUCAGAGCUGACCUUCAGAGCUGUGUCUUCUGCUUCGUCCAAUCAGUUUGAGCAGCUCUUCACAGAACCAGAACCACCCAAUGUGUGCCAAAAGAAGACUUCCUACUCCAAUCCUACCACUGCAAAUACUACUGCAAAUACUACUGCAAAUACUACUGCUGCUCCCAAUACCGCAGAUGUAGAGUCAGAGCUGGUGUUCAGACCAGUGUCACCGGCUCCACUCAGUCCAUGGAAUCCCAGGACUCAGACCCCAACUGGUCUCAGUGGUCCCAGGCCUCAGACCCCGACUGGUCUCAGUGGUCCCAGGCCACAGACCCAGACUGGUCUCAGCGGUCCCAGGACUCAGACCCAGACUGGUCUCAGUGGUCCCAGGACCCAGACUGGUCUCAGCGGUCCCAGGACUCAGACCCAGACUGGUCUCAGCGGUCCCAGGACCCAGACUGGUCUCAGUGGUCCCAGGCCUCAGACCCAGACUGGCCUCAGUGGUCCCAAAGCUCAGACCCAGACUGGUCUCAGUGGUCCCAAGACCCAGACUGGUCUCAGUGGUCCCAGGCCGUGGGUGGAGGGAGCAGACCACAGUCCUAAGCAAGAGGAGCCUCAGAACACUCUGAAGGAGCUGCUGGACUCUCUGAAAGAGCUGGAGGAGGAACCCAGGGGCCACACAGCAGCACAGGACUCCUCCCUCACGGUGGAGAACCUGCAGUUACACUUCUGUCCUGCUCCUGAUGGUGGCGCUGUUCUGACUGAAGCCAAACUGCAAAACAUCAUGAGCUUCUUAGACGAGAUGGAGGAGCGCCCUCUCACACAGGCCAAAAUGUCUGUCCCCCAGGUCUCGGAGGAGGUGCAGGUCUCGCAGGAGGUGCAAGUCUCGCAGGAGGUGCAGGCCACAUCAGCAGAACUCAGAGAGGACAUGAUGAAGAUCAGACUUGAGCUGAACGAGAAGAAAUACUCUGUGUAUAUGUUACAGAAUGCACUGGUCCAGCAGAGGGAGCUCACCGUGCGUCACAUUCAUCAAACAGAGACUGAACUGAACAGAAACCUGACUCUGCAGAAAGAGCAGUAUGAGAGCACCAUACAGCGCCACCUGCUGUUUAUCGACCAGCUCAUCUCUGAUAAGAAGUCUCUCUCCUCUCGCUGUGAGGAGGUCGUGUCUCAGCUCAAACUCGUCGACUCCAAAUUCUCCCAGAAGAUUCAGAGGCAGGAGGAGCAGCACCGCAUGGAGAUGCAGAAGCUGAAGGAGCUGAUGGCUGCGACAGAGAAAGUACGACGAGAGAAAUGGGUCGAUGAGAAAACCAAGAAGAUCAAGGAGAUCACUGUGAAGGGUCUGGAGCCAGAGAUCCAGAGAAUGAUCUCGAAGCACAAACAGGACAUAAACAAACUUCGGCAUCUGCACGAGGCUGAGCUGCUGCAGGCCGAUGAGAGAGCGGCAAGGAGGUACACCCACUUGACGGAGGAGCUGCAGGAGCGGCUGCAGAAGGAGAAGGAGGAGCUGAAGGAGCGGCUCCAGAAGGAGAAGGAAGAGGAAUGUGAGAGGGAGCGGCAGGAGGCCAAGACCAGAUACGAGAAGCUUCUCCAAGAGGAAGAGCUGUCCCUGCAGCAGCAGAGGAGGCGCAUGUACAAAGAGGUGUCAGAGGAGAAGGAGAGACUAGCCCAGCUGUCGUCACGUCAGCGUCAGGAGAUGGAGGAACUAAGGAAACAUCUGGAGGAGAACAGUUCUGUGGCUGGAAGAGCUCUGAGAGAGGAGGUGCAGAGGAGCAGAGAGGAGCAGGAGAGGAGACAUCAGAUGGAGUUAAAGUCUCUUCAGGACAGAGUGCAGCUGGAGCGACAGACAUGGGAGGACACCUACAGGAGCCAACAGGAGGCGUGGCUCCGCACCAAAGAGCGCGAACUGAGGGAAGCGCUGAGGAACGAGAGGGACAAACAGAUCGAGGAGGUGCUGAGAAACUUAGAGGAGGAGACGAGGAAGGAGCGCGACAAGGAGAAGCAAGCAGCUGAGUACAGACUCCAGCGUGUGACGCAGCAGAACGAGCAGCAGCUGCAGCAGAUGGAGAACUCUGAGAGGAACCUCUUGCAGAAAAACCAGGAGACGCAACAGCACCUCCUCCAGCGAGAAGAGGAGGUGCUGAGGCUGAGAGCAGAGCUGAGACGGCAGCAGGAGACAACAAACACCCUCCAGGAGAAGUACCAGCAGAUGUCCUCAGAGCGUCAGUGUGUGUCAGACGUGGUUCGUCAGGAGUUUGCAGAUCGUUUGGUUCAAACUGAAGAAGAAAACCGACGUCUGAAGAACAGUGUCUGUGAACUGAAGGCCAAGCUGCGAGUGGAGCAGGAGGAGGCGCAAAAGGAGGUGCAGAGUGUGAGAACAGAGAAAGAGGAGGAAGUGCAGAGAGUGAGAGCAGAGAAGGAGGAGGAAGUGCAGAGAGUGAGAGCAGAGAAGGAGAAGGAGCUCCAGGAGGUCCACCAGAGGGUGAAGGCGGCCAUUUUGAAGAAAGAGGAAACUGUCAACAGUCUGCGUCAACAGUACGAGGCUGCAGUGAAGCGAGCCGACCACCUGGAGGCACUGUGGGAGCAACAGAGGAAACAGCUGCUGCAGAAAUUUGGUUCAGACCCGGUCCAGACCCCAGGCGGAGGCGGAGAAUGCAGCCAUACAGAGGCGCAGCUUAACGGCCUGCGCAUGGCUCUGCAGCGCCGCCUGCUGGUGGGCCUGGGUACAGCCUCUUCUCUGCUCCUUCUCUAUCUGCUGUGUCUGAACCUGCAGCUGAGCACCGCCCCCUUCAGGAGCCUGGCGGCAGGUUUUGGCUCAGAUCCCCCCUCCGGACGGCAGGAUUGGAGACGAGAUCCCACUACUGCAAAUACCAGUACUGCCAGAAGAACCACACUUCCAACAACCACUCCAGCAGAGACCACUCCAGCAGGGACCACUUCAGCAGAGACCACUCCAGCAGAGACCACUCCAGCAGAGACCACUCCAGCAGAGACCACUCCGGCAGAGACCACUCCGGCAGAGACCACUCCAGCAGAGACCACUCCAGCAGAGACCACUCCAGCAGAGACCACUCCGGCAGAGACCACUCCGGCAGAGACCACUCCGGCAGAGACCACUUCAGCAGAGACCACUCCAGUCCGUGUUCAGACCUCUAAACCAGGACUGCAUCAGACUGGACCUGGCCCCACCCCCACAGCACCCUCCUUCCUUGGAGACUCGUAUUACCGUGAGGACGUGGCCCCUCUGACGGCCUGUCCGGUCAGUGUCCGUCGGCUGGUCCCACUUUCGGUCUUUGGGUCUCGGUUCAGACCAGAUGUCCCGGUUCUUCAAUGGUCCAAGCACCUGAGUCCAGAGGAGUACCAUCGACUACAGCAAUACCCAGGGGCCCAUGGCUGGGGGGGCGUGUCCUACCAGACCCUCGCAGACAGCCUCUCCUGCCUGGACUCCUCUGCUGGUCUCCUCCUGGACCAGGUGGGACCAGACCAUACUGGGUCAGAGUGCAUUCGCUGUGCUGUGGUUGGGAACGGAGGGAUCCUAAAAGGUUCACGGAAAGGACCAGAGAUAGACCAGCACCACUAUGUGUUCAGGGUUAACGGAGCGAUCAUCAAAGGAUUUGAAGCAGAUGUCGGCUCCAGGACGACGCACUACGUGUUUUCCACCAACACUCUGAGGAACAGUCUGAGGGCCUACAGGGACUACACCAGGCCCCCACAGGGACAGGAGACUCGGUACGUCUUCCUUCCAGACCAUGACAGAGAUUAUCUUCUGCUGAAGGCAGCGGCCACUGGGACCAAAGUCCAGAGCGGGAAGGACCAGGACCUGGAUCCGGUCCAAUUGUUUGGUUCUGAUGCAACGAAGAAACUGAAGAUGUUUCAUCCAGACUUCAUCCGGUACCUGCGCAACAGGUUCCUUCGGUCCAAAGCUCUGAACACCAAAUACAAAGAUCUGUACAGACCAUCAACCGGAGCCGUGAUGCUGUUGUCGGCAAUGCACUCAUGUGACCAGGUCUCUGCUUAUGGUUUCAUGACUCCUGAAUUCUCCAGAUUCUCAGAUCAUUACUUUGAUAAAUCGUUUCACGCCGUCGGCUUCUUCAUCAACCACGACCUGAGACUGGAGCUGUUACUAUGGCAACAGCUGCACCAGGCCGGGCUGAUCCGGCUCUACAUGAGACCAGACCAGGACCAGGACCAGAACCAGGUCUGA